AUGGCAGCGAUUGUAAGAAAUCGAAUUGAACAAACACCAGAUGAGGAAUUUCUUCAACAAUUAAGCUCGCGGCUUAGAGCAGCUUUACCUCCUUAUGCAAUUCCUCGAUUUAUUCGUAUUUGUAGUUCUGUUGACAGAACUGGUAAAUUGUGUUUUUAUAAAAUAUAUUUUUUUAAUUUGGCUAUCACCUAG